GCUGGAUUUCUACAAAUCAAUGAAAUCUACCUUUAUAUAUCCAGUGCGAUUCUCGGAUUUGGAGCAGCCAUACUAUGGACAGGUCAAGGGACUUAUCUAGCGCAAAAUUCGACUGAGAAAACCUCUGGAAGAAACAGCGGGCUGCUAUGGGCGCUUUCCGAAGGAAGAGUUACGGUAGCACCAACAACUUUACAUAUUUUGACGCAUGCUGAUGAUCAUAACAAGAAAAGAGGAAAAAUUCCGGAAUGUCAUCUGGGAUUGGUCACCUCUUUGGACAUUUUGCAUGUGCAGAGCGGAUACCGUAUUGCUACAGUACUCGCGCAUUGA